GAUCAACACUUGAUCACAACUCUAAACACGCACCAUUUGGCUCGGUUCGUUCCAUAGGCCGCGCAUGUGUUUCGUCGUAGUAGUAGAUGUGAGGUCAUUGUGAACCGGUUGGUUGUUGGUGUGUGGAGUCUGCAGUUGUGCACCAAUGGUGGAUACACUUUGUUCUUGGGCGAAAUUCGGUCGUUUCUCGUGAGUCAACUCUAGCAGUUGCCCUUAGAAUUUGAGGUACCGUGGUGCAUCUCUCUCUCUCUCUCUCUCUCUCUCUCUCUCUCUCUCUCUCUCUCUCUCUCUCUCUCUCUCUCUCUCUCUCUCUCUGGGGUCUUAUCCCGCGAUUACAGACUCUCAGACCUUGACGAUGGAGAACAAUCAGGAUCUCACGUUAAAUUACGAAGCGAAUGGCAAGGACUCCUCCAACGCUGUACAUGAUCAAGACUGUAUAUUUUUGACCAAGGCUGUCGAGGAAGCGUACGCCGCCGUUAGCUGUGGCGACGGUGGACCUUUUGGUGCUGUAGUUGUAAAGGAUGGAGAGAUCGUCGUUCAAUGUCAUAAUAUGGUGCUGAGAAACACCGAUCCCACCGCCCACGCUGAAGUUACAGCCGUACGAAUGGCCUGCAAGAAACUUGGACGACGUGACCUUUCCGACUGCGAGAUAUAUGCUUCAUGCGAGCCAUGCCCUAUGUGUUUUGGAGCUAUUCAUGUGUCAAAAAUUAAGCGUUUAGUUUAUGGAACUGAGGCGGAGGCAGCUGUAGCGGUAGGCUUUGAUGAUUUCAUAGCUGAUGCUAUUCGAGGCACUGCGAAGUUUCAAAAAGUCCAUCUCGAAAUUAAGAAGGCUGAUGGCGGGGUUGCAGAGGCCGCACGGGGCGUUUUCCAAAAGACCAAGUCCCAGUUCGCUAUGUACUAGAUCGGCACUGGCAGAUUAAGUUCCAGCAUGUGAGAUAAUUCUUUUAUUGAUACUUUUUGUGUGAACAGACUCAAUAAUUCAUCACUGUACAGAUUUGAUG